AUAUGAUUUCAGACACCCCUACGCCGGACCAUACCAUCUCCCAACCUUGACGUUAGCUGAAGUCUCGCUUGCUAGCUUGCUGUGCUACACGUCUUCACGUCCACUGUAAACUGGAGUUAUCUCUAGGUGUGGCCUGCAGGUGCACUAUGGACCAAGUGGGUGUGGCCGUUGUAACUGCAGCUGAGUUUCACCCGAGAACAAAAUAAGCUCACCAGUCCUGACGCACUGCCGAGCCUGAGAGGACGCACUUUUACUUUGGAUUAUUCUUUAACUUUAAGGGUUUUUAAUGGAGCCUGUGUUCGGGAGAGUGGGGCUAAAGGUGGCUCUGUUGUUUCUGUUAACCACUCAGCUCAAUACAGAUGUGACAAAAGCGAUGGUGGUGACAUCCUCAGGGCCACAGACUACUCAGAAGGCCCAGGGGGAGACAGUGAACCUUGGAUGCACCUACACACCCAGCCCUGAGGACACAGGAGAGCUGGACAUUGAGUGGUCCAACGUCAGCCCUGACAUGACACAGAAGGACAAACUGAUCUUAUCGUUCACUGGAGGUCAGACGCACCGAUACGGCGAUCCCAGCGUCUCCAGCCGGCUGAAGUUCACAGGGGACCCCAAGCUGGGCGAUGCCUCCAUCUCUAUCUCUGAUGUGAGGGUCUCAGACACAGCAACAUACCAGUGUAAAGUCAAGAAGGCGCCGGGUGUUGACACAAGAAAACUCACUCUGGUAGUGAUGGUUCCCCCGACAGCGCCCAAGUGUUGGGUGGAGGGAGCUGAGGAGAAAGGUGGCCCGGUCUCCCUCCGCUGCAAGUCCUCUCAGGGAUCCACUCCUCUCAGCUAUGUGUGGAUGAGAGAGACUGGAGGUUCAAUACCAUCCACUGCAGUCCAAGACCCACAGACGGGGGAGCUGUUGAUAAAGAACCACACCGACAGCAACGUUGGGAGUUAUGUUUGUGAGGCGAAAAACGCUGUCGGCAAAGCUCAGUGUAAAUAUGCACUGCGUGCAUAUAACCCUACCAACAAGGCGGGUGUCAUAGCAGGAGCGGUGAUUGGAGCCCUCCUGCUGCUGCUCCUCCUCCUGCUCCUCAUCUGGCUCCUCAUCUGCUGCUGCCACAAGCGCAAAUAUCAGAAAGAGAUCGCCAAUGAAAUAAGGGAGGACGCCCAGGCCCCACAGAGCCGACCCACCAGCAGAAACUCCAGUUUCCGUUCAGUGUUGGGGUACCGGACCCACCCCGGGGUGCACUACAGCUCCGUGAGGAACCACAUGCCCAAUGCCAGGGCGUCAGGUCGCAGUGCCAUCUACACAGGGGGCAGUAACGUGUCCUCUCCUGUCGGGGACAAAUCUGCUCCCCUCAAGUAUGACCAUGAAUAUGGAUACCCUGUGUAACUACAGUCAGAACACCUAGUGUUUAUUUUUUAUAUAAAACUACGCCCUCUGAAGAAAACAAGACUCUUUGUAAAGAAUAGUCUCUUGAAGUACAACCCAAUCUCUAGAAUAGGCGUUGGCAGUGUACGUUUCUGUAAAUCCACCGAUGUGUUCAUUAUAUUUAAUGUUCAGCGUUGUGUUGUGGUUAAUGAUCUGGUGAGGUUUAGGAAAGAUGGUUACAACUGCACUCCACACCACAGACGUUCGGUAAAGAAAACAUUUCAAUCCAUUUCAGUAGGGUUGGAUCGCUCAAACAGCUGAAACAGUUUGAUCCAAGGGGAAUCGAAACACCUUUAUUAAACCUCUGUGGCAGUGAGUGUGCAGGCGUUGCCUUCUUAUUUAUAUCCUCAUUCCUACAUCGUGUUUUGGCUUUAGUUCUGUUGCCACAAGCGCGGCUGGAAAACAACCUGAUGCCUCGUUAAAAACAUCAAGUGAGUUCAUGCUCGGAUACAUAUUAAACAUAUAAAUCUACGCAGACGUGGUUUGCAGAAACAUAUAAUCCCAACGCUUCAUUUUGUUGACUAAGCUGGUAAAAGUUUGUAUGUGACAAAUGGUGCAAUAGAACAUAUUUAAUCGGACAAUUAUGGGAGUGCUGGUGCUGGUAUUCAACACAUUAAAUCUCACGUCAGCUCAGGAGACUCAGUGUUCACCUGGCUGACUUCCAUGAUGCACUGCGACACAACGUCCUCUCAGGAUUCAGUCAUUAUUACACUGAUUAUGCUUAAACUUUAUUUAAAAUGUAAAUAGCAAAGAAUUUGUAUUUUUACUGCUGCUUUUUUUUCUAUGACACAUGUAGCUCAAUCAGUGUAUGACUUUUUUAACAUAUGACUACAAUUAAAAACAUUUUUAACUGAUA